AUGCCUCGAAUCGAUUCGAAUCGAUUCGAAUCGGCUCGAAUCGACUCGAAUCGGCUCGAAUCGGCUCGAAUCGACUCGAAUCGGCUCGAAUCGACUCGAAUCGACUCGAAUAACCACCCAGACUCGAAUAACCACCCAGAAAAAUUAAAAAAAAAUGCCUCGAAUCGAUUCGAAUCGGCUCGAAUCGACUCGAAUCGGCUCGAAUCGGCUCGAAUCGACUCGAAUCGACUCGAAUCGACUCGAAUCGACUCGAAUCGGAUCGAAUCGACUCGAAUAACCACCCAGACUCGAAUAACCACCCAGAAAAAUUAA